AAGAGAAAACAGUUCAGCAAAUGUUAGCAAACUAAGUUAGCCAGUCUAGUCUAAUGCCAUGACUGAGGUUUCAGGAGGAUUCCGACUUCUCUUGUUUAUUUCAUGUCAGACCUCCUGAGGAAAUUUGGGGAGCUCCCUCAGCCAAAGCGUUUAACGAGAGAGGCAAUGCGCAAUUACUUGAAAGAGAGAGGAGAUCAGACAGUGCUCAUACUGCAUGCAAAAGUCGCACAGAAAUCGUAUGGCAAUGAAAAAAGAUUCUUCUGUCCUCCACCAUGUGUGUACCUGAUGGGCUGUGGCUGGAAGAAAAAGAAGGAACAGAUGGAGAGAGAGGGCUGCUCAGAGCAGGAGUCUCAGCCUUGUGCCUUUAUCGGUAUUGGAAACAGUGAACAAGAGAUGCAGCAGCUCAACUUAGAGGGCAAGAAUUUUUGCACAGCAAAAACGUUAUACAUUUCUGACUCGGACAAGCGAAAGCACUUCAUGCUGUCGGUGAAGAUGUUCUAUGGGAAUAGCGCAGAUAUUGGUGUCUUCCUCAGCAAACGCAUCAAGGUCAUCUCCAAACCUUCCAAAAAGAAACAGUCGCUGAAGAAUGCAGACUUGUGCAUAGCUUCUGGGACGAAAGUGGCUCUUUUUAACCGCUUGCGGUCUCAGACUGUCAGUACGCGGUACCUUCACGUGGAGGGGGGAAACUUUCACGCCAGCUCACAACAGUGGGGUGCUUUCUACAUUCAUCUAUUGGAUGAUGAAGAGUCAGAGGGAGAAGAGUUUACAGUCAGAGAUGGUUACAUCCAUUAUGGUCAGACGGUAAAGCUGGUGUGCUCUGUUACCGGCAUGGCUCUACCGCGACUGAUCAUUCGUAAGGUGGAUAAGCAGACAGCGCUAAUGGAUGCUAAUGAUCCUGUGUCCCAACUACAUAAAUGUGCCUUCUAUCUUAAAGACACAGAGAGGAUGUACCUCUGCCUUUCACAGGAGAGGAUAAUACAGUUCCAGGCCACACCCUGUCCCAAAGAAACGAACAAAGAAAUGAUCAAUGAUGGGGCGUCAUGGACAAUCAUCAGCACAGACAAAGCAGAGUAUACUUUCUAUGAGGGGAUGGGCCCUGUACCCUCACCUGUCACACCCGUGCCUGUCGUUGAGAGUUUACAGCUGAAUGGAGGAGGAGAUGUUGCCAUGCUGGAGCUGACAGGCCAGAAUUUCACACCUAACCUCAGAGUCUGGUUUGGAGAUGUGGAAGCUGACACUAUGUACAGGUGUGGCGAGAGCGUGCUCUGUGUGGUCCCUGACAUCUCUGCAUUCCGUGAGGGGUGGCGUUGGGUUCGUCAGCCGGUGCAGGUUCCCGUAACUUUGGUCCGUAACGACGGCAUCAUCUACUCCACGGCUUUAACGUUUACCUACACACCAGAACCAGGACCACGCCCUCACUGCAGCGCCGCCGGAGCCAUACUGCGCACCAACAGCAACUCAUCACCAUCAUCUUCAUCCUCCAGCCUACUGCUGCAGUCAGCCGUCGACAGCCAGGCAGGAUAUGCAGCUGGGAGCGUGUCUUCAUCUUCCUCUUCCUCGGCUAUGUCUGUUUCCUAACCUGGGGAUCUUCACGUUUGGUUGCGUGUGUGUGUAUGUGUGUGUGUGUAAGUGAGCCUGCUAGAGAGAUGGUGAUUUCGUCAGCUCUUAGACUCUCCAGCAACGAUUCAUGGAAUAAGGAUCUCAAAUCAUGGAAAAUGGUGCCACAGAGAGAGAAGCAAACGAGAGAUAAGACUUCACAGAAGACUGGACAGAAUAAAUGAAGAUGUCUCUUUUCUGUUCUCUCUCUGUCUUUCUUUGUUGCGGUUCUUUUUCUAUCUGUUUCCUCUUGUUUGAGGAUACGGCAACAGAACUGAUGCGUGCCAUGGAUCAAGAUGCCACAGGAUCAAUGCAUUAGCCUUAAAUGAAAACAAAAAAAAAACAAUCAGUCACAAACACUUUCUCUUCAAAUCAAAGCCUCUUCUGUAUGUAAGCUUUGAGAGAUUUUGUUUUCUACUAAAAGGCUCAAUGCACUGGUUUUCCAGGCUUGAAGAAGAGUUAUCAUAGUAAUAUAGUUUUUACGGACCAAGGAAUAUUAUUAUUAUUUUUUUUUUUUAAUUGAUAUGUAAUUUUAUAAGCUUUAGCUAAGGUACAUUUUUCACCUUUUUCAGUUUUAUAACAUAUAGUAAACUUUUGUUACCAAAUAGUUUUGUAUAUUUCUUGUGAGCGUUUGGGCUCAGAAGGAGAAGUUUCAUGCCUUUUGAAAGGCUGAACUCAUAGCUGCCUUGUCUUGGCAAAUGCCUUAAAUCUUCUGCAGUUUUACCUGACCUUUUCUCUUUUGUAAUAAUAUUUGUAUGUCAUGUAUUUUGGUCAUUCCCCCCCCCCCCCCCCCCCACUAAACUCUGAGGUGUAUACAAUAUUGAUGCCGUUUUUCGUAUUUGGGAGACAGUGGCUCUUGAUUGUUUUUUUACUUUUUCAUAUGAAGUCUUUAACACACAAAAGCUUUAACUGACUUUGCCAGAUGGCCUUACUCGCCAUAUCUUACUCCUCAGAAACAAACUGCCACUGACCUCUGGUCCUUUUUCAUUGGCUAUAGAUGUUCAAGCUGCCAACACAAUGGCAGCAAUAUCUAAUUAAGUGCUUGACUCAAAGCCUUUGGUGGGGAAGGUCAGUACUGAUCUGGUUUGUAAAUCAUUCAGUGCCAUGUUUUUUAUUUAUAGUAUCAAACUGAAAGCAACAUGUAGGAAAAAUGCUGCUUUGUUGUCAUUUGGAUCAUACCAUGAGGAAAAGAGGUUUUGGGUGAAGCACUCUUGAUGCUAUAACAAAAAAAAAGUUUUUUUUUUUUCCUGUGAGGGAACUGAACUUGCACCCUGGUAUAAUGUUGAGAUUUUUUAUGCAUUUUACAAUCCCCCCCCCACACACACACACAAGAAUGAUGGCAUUCUUGUUGCCUAAGAAUGCCAUCAUGCCCUUGCACAUUGUCACUGUACCACAGGGAUGCCGGUUUGAAUAUUGGUGUCACAGUGUGAACAUGAAACGUUUGAGAGUUUUAAAGUGAGUGCUGAAACCAUAUAGAAAACAAGUAGAAGUAGGAAUGCUGCAAGUAUAGCCAUUGCUGUUUUUGCCAGUCUAGGAAUGAAUGGAAAACAACCAGAAAAAGCACUUGUUAUUGCAUUGCAGCGCAUAGAUGUUUGAGGAUGGUUUGUAGAUCACAGAAUCUUAUCCAACCAUUCAUGUGUGACAGCCCAUACUGCUACAAACAAAUGCAUUCUUUUUAAAAUUGUUGAGGUGUUUCAUUGUGAUGUCAUGUCACAUCUUCAGUUUUUGAUGUGCUAUUUUAAUUUUUAAUUUAGCAGAUUUACGCUUUAGUAAUAUUUAGCACCAAAGUUCACUUUUUUUUUAAUAGCUAUAGAGCAAACUAAAACUGAGGCCUUAAACCACUACUGGUUCAAGUAAUUACUGGAACUGAUGGUUGGAUAUAACACUAAAAAUCAUACCCUUUUGUGAAGAGGGAAUGAACAUUAGUUUCUGCCUUUUUAAAGAUAGAUCACAGACCACAUAGAAAUCUCAAGAGUCUGCACUGUUUUUUGUUUUCCAAGUCUGUUUAGACUCCAUAUGCAUCAUCAUUAUAAUUUUGUAAGGGGAACUUGUACAAUAACAUGCUCUUGAUUUUGCUUUCAACUGGUAUGGGCUGUAUUUUGUAAUUAUACAGGAACUGCAAAGGUUGUUCCUCUGUGAUUUUUAUUUUUUCAGUUGUUUCAUGAAUAAUAUUGGUAUAAGAUUCUAAGUCAAAAUAUUAUAUCUAAACAUUAAUAUUCUGUUAUUAAAUUUUUUAUAUUAAUGUUUAAAUAUUAAUAUUAAUUAUUUCUUCUUUGAUUGAGGGAAAUUUUUAUUUGUUGCAUUUUUGGAAAGAAGCCCUUGGUUAAUAGGUCUGCAUUAGAAAUUGUCACUUAUGGAAGACAUAAAAGCUAAAACCAUGCAUGCACAAAGCCAUUAUCUAGUAUCUACUGUGAGCUGUUUUCAAUCAAUUCCUCAAUCAGGGAAAAAUAUUAAACUGUCAUUUGCAAGCACCGAAAUGGAAACUGCCAAAUCUAAAGGUCAAAUUGUGGAGGUCACACAUUACCUUUCAAUGUGUUUUCAGUGUUAUUUCCUCUUGCAUCCCGGUGUCUUCCAGAAUAUUCUGAACACAGAGGACUGGUUAAUUGAUUGAUUUUAAUACUAACCGUGGUGAAUUUCAUCAUCUCUGUCAUAUCAUUUAGAUAGUUUCGUGUCAUCUGUGCUUACACUGAGCAGAAACUAGUGUAUUUAGAUCACUUAUCUUUGUCAGUUUUUGGUAUGUUUUCUCAACCAUUACAAUGAAUUGUUUUACAUUUGGAUGUUAACCAGCAUUUGCAAAGUGGCUGCCAGCCAUUCUGGUUUUGAGUGCAUGCUGUCUAGAAGAUUUUAACUGUGUUGGUGCUGUCUAGCUCUUAAAGGGCCAGUGUGUCUAUUGCUUUUGAAAUGGAUCACUAAACACAGUAAUAGAUGCAAAAAGUGUAAUAUGAGUGCAAUGAGAAAUAGAAAACCUGUUGUUCUAGAAAUUGAAGAUCAAACAGAAUAUGAGAAUUCUAAAAAUAUUAGGCUGAAAAUGAGAACAUCUUCAAAUAAUGCACUGCCCAUGGUAAAUCCAUUAAAGAUGUGCUCUACAUACAUAUUAAUGAUAUUAUUACUAUGUAUAAUUUAUAUCAAAUCUUUCAACAAAUGGUUUAUAGAGUAGUAUGUUGUUAUAUGUUGCAUGUUUAAUCUAGUGAGUGGCAAAUUAUCGUGCUGGAAAUAAAUUGGGCGGAUUAGGGUCAGAUGUUCCAGUGGAUAAACUGUGCUGCCUCUUUAAAGGAAUAUUCCAGGUUCAUUACAAGUUAUGCUGAAUUGACAGUAUUUUUGGCAUAAUGUUGAUUACCACAAAACUUAAUUUAGACUUAUCCCUCUUUUCCUAAAAAAUAAAAUAAAAAGCAAAAAUCUGGUUUAGUGAGCCACUUACAAUGGAAGUGAAUGGGUCAUUACUUGCUGUAAAUUUUAAAAUACUGUUUCAAAAUUACAGCCACAAGAUAUAAACAAUGUGCACGUUAACCUUAUUUUAGUGUGAUAAAAUUAUUUAAUAUAUAGAGGCAGACAAAAAAUUAUGAAGAGAGUUUGCUUUGAAUUACAAUGACAGACACCUGUCACUUGUGCAUGCUCCAAGGGCCAAACGUUUCCCCCAACCUUUGGCAUCCACCCACUCAAGGCCCAGUUUUUAUUUUUAGACCAUAUGGGGUUGUUGAGGUGUAACUUGAAGCCUUCUUUCUGUUGCUGUUUCUGAGUAUAGGAGUCCUCAGUUAUGUAAAUGUGAUCCUGAGGUCAGGGAUUGUGUGUGGAUGCAUGUAGAAAUGAAAAUGUGUGUAACCAUAAAAAUAAACAUUAAACUAGUUUGAACUGUU